AGGGAGCUGGCCGGGAAACAAUAGUUGAACAAAUCCAGGGUUCGCCUGCAGGAUCUCCACCUUCUCUCUCUCCGCUGCCGGCCGCUGAAGACUGAGAUGGACUGGGACGGCCGGGGAUGGAGCCACCCGAUAUAGUCCCCCUCCGGCCAUCUUUCUCCCUAAGACCUCCUGACUUCCACCCGCCGCUGAUCCAGAGCAAAAAACAAAAAAGAGGAAACGGCUCCACCUCCGCGCCAGAUCCCGUUGUAUGACGUGGCCGAGAAGAAGACGGCAUUGCGAUCUAGCGAAGGAUCGGGAGGCUCAGGGUGCCCCGACCAUGAAACCCACGACCCCCGGGGGUCCCCCUUCCGGCCUCCUGCUGGUCCUGGUGUGCUGCCCCCUGCUGGGUUUGGUCCAGUCGGCCAGCAGCAACAAGGCCAGCGACAACGCGCACCCCCACCUGGGCGACAGCGACCCCGACCGCUGCAUGAGGCACCACUUCGUGGAGACCAUCACGCACCCGAUUUACAAAUGCAACUCUAAGCGUUCGGACUCCGAACGCAUCUGGCAGGUGCAAAGUGGAGGCCGGGAACGCCGGGGAAGGCCCGGGAAGGCGAUGGUGUUGCUGGCGCGCUGCGAGGGCCACUGCAGCCACACCACCCGCUCCGACCCCCUCAUCUCCUUCAGCUCCGUGCUCAAGCAGCCCUUCAAGAGCUCCUGCUCCUGCUGCCGGCCGCACACCUCCAAGCUGAAGGCGGUGCGGCUGCGCUGCGCCGGCGGGACCCGCAUCACGGCCACCUACCGAUACAUCCUCGCCUGCAACUGCGAGGAGUGCAGCUGAGCGGGCCCCCCCCCCGGGCCCCCCCUCCCAGACCCCUCAAGACUCUCGACAUCCAGCAUUUUUUCCUUGGCCUUGGACCUCAUUCUAAAGCUGUUCAGAGUAUUCGGUUGAUUGUUGGAUCGGAAAUUUGCCCCAGAGAUGCGUGUCUUUGACUUGGGAGAGAAAGGUUUUUGAGGAAU